AUGCAGAAAUUGGGGGAUACGCUCGCCGAAAACUUCGGCGGAGCAUUCACGAAGCUCGGCUCCCGACAAUUCAAGCUCGAUGAUUGCCCUGAUCUGACCGAAAAGGUGGGUGUUGUGACGGGAGGCAGCCAAGGGAUUGGGUUCGGCGUGGCAUAUACCCUCCUCAAGCACAACAUCAGUAAGCUCUACAUAAUUUCCGUCAACAAGGAGGUCUUUGAGGGUGCCAAAGCCGUCAUCUCCGAUGAACUGGGACAAGACAAGGCUGCCCGGAUGGUCUGGAUGAAGUGUGACCUUAGCGACUGGCGGCGGGUCAAAGAAGUAGCCGAGAUGAUCAAGCGCGACAAUAACCGGCUCGACAUCCUCGUCAACAACUCGGGUCGAGGCAUCAUGUCAGCCGAGCUCACCUCAUAUGGAGUCGACAGGCACAUGGCAGUCAACCACAUGGGCCACGUCGUCCUCACAUCCCAUCUGCUACCCUUGAUGCAAAAGACGGCCGAGGAAGGAAACAUUGUGAGAAUCAGCAACCAGAGCUCCAAUCUGCAUACCGGUGCUCCCAAGGACACCAAGUUCGCUUCGCUGGACGAGAUCAACCAGGACGUCGGACCCAAUGCGCAGUACGGAAGGAGCAAGCUGGCGGGGAUACUCUACUCGCGAUACUUCAACCGCAAGGUAACGCAAAAUGGGCACCCAAAUGUGCUCAUGAACGCUACACACCCAGGCUUCGUGAGCACCAAGCAGAGUAGGGAGGAUAUUCUCGAGCCGUAUCCCUUGGGUGGGUACGUGAUGAAGUACGGCAUAGAACCGAUUAAGAAGGACCAGUUUGAGGGAGCCGUGCCUACCGUGUUCUGCGCAACCAAGAUCAAGGAUUCAGGCCAGUAUAUCUGCCCGCCUUGCAUCCCUGAAGAGGGCAGCCCAAUGUCGCAAGAUGAUGAGCUGGCGGAUAGAUUGAUGGAGUUGACGAGGAAUAUCAUCACUGAGAAGACGAGAGUGGACUCGGUGGAGAGAGGAUGUCCAAUGGAUGAUGUUGUUGUACAUUAA